UUUUCUAUGGAGAUUAUACACGCUGUGUAGGUGCAAUGUAACCUUUGGACAUAUGGUGACUGUACUGGGGUGAAUGGGUAAGGCAGGUUAAGGCGGUCUAGCUAUGUCCACACUCACUUGGACCACUGGUUGUUUUGGUGCGAGCCGUGCCAACUAUUCCACCUGGCCGAAGUGUGGGAGCCACCUGCGAGUCAGACACAGUGGACAUUCCGUGCUGACACUCAGGUCCUGAAAUGGGAUGUGCGUAUCAAGGAGGGAGUAAGGAGAAGAAAGAGGAACACAGUCACUAAGUUCAUAGAUCCCCAGACGUCAGUCAAGCGACUUCUUCCUGUCCGCUGUUCAGAAUGUCGGCGGUCACGUCUCCCAGCCAGGCUCCUCCCCCUAUCGUCAACCCUCCUCCGCCUGAAGUUACAAACCCCAAUAAGCCUGGCCGAAAAACCAACCAGCUACAGUACAUGCAGAAUGUGGUGGUGAAGACUUUAUGGAGGCAUCAGUUCGCAUGGCCCUUCUACACACCUGUGGAUGCCAUCAAGUUGAACCUUCCAGACUACCAUAAAGUCAUCAAGAACCCAAUGGAUAUGGGAACAAUCAAGAAGAGACUUGAGAAUAAUUACUACUGGACAGCUGGUGAAUGCAUGCAGGAUUUCAACACUAUGUUCACAAACUGUUAUAUCUAUAACAAGCCUACGGAUGAUAUUGUCCUCAUGGCUCAAGCCUUGGAAAAGAUUUUCCUCCAGAAGGUAGCACAGAUGCCCCAGGAGGAGGUGGAACUACUGCCACCACCUCCAAAAGGCAAAGCACGCAAGCCUGGGCCACCCCCUAGCUCAGAAAAUCAGCAAGCUUUGGCGAUGUCCUCUGCUUCCCCGUCCUCGUCGUGUCCGAGCUCCCCUCCACAGCUGCCCCAGACUCCUGUAAUAGCAGCCACGCCUGUGCCAACCAUCACCUCCAACGUCCAAGCUGUGCCUCCUGCUGCGUCCAUGCUCCCGAGCGCACAGCCCGUCGUCAAAAAGAAGGGGGUGAAGCGGAAAGCAGACACCACUACGCCCACCACCUGCGCCAUCACUGCCAGCAGAGGUGAAUCUCCUACCGGCAUGCUGGAGUCCAAACACGGUAAGGUCAUCUCCAGGCGCGAGAGCACUGGCCGGCCCAUCAAACCCCCCAAGAAGGACCUGGAAGACAAUGAGCUGCUCCAGCAGGGCAACAAGAAGGGCAAACUCAGCGACCAUCUCAAAUACUGCGACACCAUCCUAAAGGAGAUGCUGUCUAAGAAGCAUGCGGCGUACGCCUGGCCGUUCUACAAGCCAGUGGAUGCAGAGGCUCUGGAGCUGCAUGAUUACCAUGAAAUCAUCAAGCAACCCAUGGAUCUCAGCACGGUCAAAAAAAAGAUGGAUGGCAGAGAGUACCCAGAUGCCCAGAGCUUCGCGGCUGAUGUCCGGUUAAUGUUCUCAAAUUGCUACAAAUACAAUCCGCCUGAUCACGAAGUCGUAGCCAUGGCGAGGAAGCUUCAGGAUGUGUUCGAGAUGCGCUUUGCUAAAAUGCCGGAUGAGCCCGCUGAGCCAUCGUCCCCUGGAGCGGGCUCGGCCACAGCGGUCGUGAGCAAGAGCACGGGCAGCAGCGAGAGCAGCGCUGAUUCAUCCAGCUCUAGCUCCGACUCGGAGGAGGAGCGCGCCACCCGCCUUGCUGAACUGCAGGAACAGCAAAUCACUAAGGAGCACCCGAAGGGUAACAGGGCGGGGGAAAAAAACGGGUGUGCCAAACGUUUUCAGCUGAAGGCUGUUCACGAACAGCUGGCUGCUCUGUCACAGGGCCCCGUCAGCAAGCCAAAGAAGAAGAAAGAGAAGAAAGAAAAGGAGAAGAAGAAGAAAGACAAAGAGAAGGACAAAGAUAAAAGCAAGGCCAAGGUGGAGGAGGAGAAGAAACCCAAGUCGUCACAGCAGAACAAGCCAACUCAGCAGAAAAAGAGUUCAGCCAGGAAACCCAACAGCACAUCCACUACCAGGCAGCCGAAAAAGGGUGGCAAACCCAGUGCAGCAAACUAUGAGUCGGAUGAAGAGGAGGCUCUUCCCAUGUCAUACGAUGAGAAAAGGCAGCUCAGCCUGGACAUCAACCGACUGCCGGGCGAAAAACUGGGUCGGGUGGUGCACAUCAUCCAGUCCCGCGAACCGUCACUGCGUGACUCCAACCCGGACGAGAUCGAGAUCGAUUUCGAGACGCUCAAGCCCUCCACCCUGCGUGAGCUGGAGCGCUACGUCAAGUCCUGUUUACAGAAGAAGCAACGCAAACCUUUACCGGGCACUGGGAAAAAGAGUGCCAAGACUAAAGAGGAACUGGUUCAGGAAAAGAAGAAAGAGUUAGAAAAGAGGCUGCAGGACGUGAGCGGACAACUGAACAACAACAAGAAACCGCCCAAAAAAGCAGAGAAGGCGGGGUCAGCGCCAGGGGGCGGGCCGUCUCGGCUGAGCGGCAGCAGCAGUUCUUCUGACUCGGGCAGCAGCAGCUCCAGCGGCUCCAGCUCCGAGAGCAGCGACUCAGACUGAGCUUUCGGUCAGCCUGUCCCCCCCUUACUUCAGCCUCCUGCAUUUUCUAAUGAGUAGUGUGUGCUGUCAUGAUAGUGUCUUACUCGAAGACCUGUUACAUAAAAGAGUUAGAAGCAUCGCUAAAGACAAGAGGAUAUUUUAAAAGAAUCUGUUGUAGAACGCCCUUGGCUUGGACAAAGAAAAGAGUGGAAAAAGAUAGCUGAUGGUGGAACAGUGUCGAGGUUUAUUUUGCUGGCCCUCAAAGGGAAACACCUGGUAUCACCAGUUAAAAACAAACAAAAAAAAAAGUAAAAAAAAAAAAAAGAUAUAUAUAUAUUUUUUUGUUUUCGAACAUGUCAGUUGUGGAGAUCAAAACAGUUGUGUAUAGGAGUUCCGUUCGUUUUUCCAGGUGGUUGCUCAUUAGAGCCAAAUGAAAAACGCAUAUUAAUGGACAAACUGGUAAAAUGCUUGGCUCUGUAUCAGUGAGUAGCUUCAUCAAGUCUCAAAGUCUGAAGGAACAAGCAACUAACUUUUUUCUGGUGUGGUGGUCAUGUUAGCAUGACGUUUCAGCUCAUUCCAGAUUUAUUUUACAGGUAAUGAUACUUAUUGUUACCGUUUUUAAAGAAGACUUAUUUAUUUUUCAUCUAGUGAGGCGCAGCUCUUGUUUCUUUUUUUCCCACUGUUUUUGACUUACAGCUGUAUCAAGACGUCAGUUGAAUUCUCUAUCGAAAUUUGCUUCAUCAUGACUAAGCGGACUGAACGGAAGAUGCCGUACCGUGGGCUGCGUCUGUCUCCCUAAGUGUCAGUAUAGUGUUGGAACCCGUACUUUGAGAGGCCUAUGUGUAAUCCACAGUAGUUUCGGUUACUUCAGCGCUGUAAUUUUUUUUCUUCCGUGCUUGUCUCUCAUUGUUAGUAUUUGAUGUAUAAUUUUGUCACAUAUUGUUUUUAAACUAUAUUAUACGUUCAAAUGGGUUUGUUUGUUUUUAUAUUUGAUUUGUCUUUGAGUACUCAACCUUUUUUAUGUCACUAAUGAUAUAGUUCAUUAUGAUAUAUGCCCAUGAUAUAAGCCUUGUUCUAGAAUACGUCAUCUUUCUCAAGUCCAAUCAAUGAACAAUCAAAGACAGUGGUGACUAAAAUGUAUUAUUUAUAAUAUGAGCGUAAUUGGCUCUCGUCUGGCUCUGACGAACUUCAGACUACAACUCUCUGGCCUUCUGCAGUCUGCUAGUCGAAGAAAGAUGAUGUUCUCCUAUUAAUGCUUCAAUCAGCAGUACUAGGCAUUAAUUAAAAAAACAGAAGCUUAUGUUUAGUGAUUUCCAAAGUAUUACAGCUAAUGUAUUUUCUCUAUUUUAUUAAUAUCUUUUUUAAUGACUUCAUCUCUUUUGGAAUACUGUAUUAAAUGCUUUGAGUGGUACUUAAAUGCUUCACAGAACGUGCUGGAAUAUUUUCUCACCAUGUCCCUGAAUUGGUCAACUGACUGGUAAACUCUAUAACAUAAUGAAUGUAGUAGAGGUCAUUUCCUUCUUUUUGCAGUAGGGAUGCCACCCUGGUGUUGGCAUCGGCAUGGGUUACAUACAUUUUCAAUGCUUUGAGCCCCACCUUGUGUCCCAAAUACAGUGGAUGUGUACUUGUUGCCUUAAGUUUAGUUGGCACACUAAAAUAACUGGGUCUGCUCUAAACAAUUGUAGAUUUGAGUUGGAACCUGUAUGUCAGGCUUGUUUACCUUUUUUGUUUUCCUUUUGUAGCUCAGAUAACAUUGAAACAGAUGUCAAGACUUGUAAAGUGAAUUUUUCGUAGGUUUUCCUCUCAGUAGUAGAAUGUGUGUUGCUUCUCUCCCGUUAUUUCCGUUGGAUUGUUAAAUGUUAAGUCAUUAUCUCUUUGUGUGAGGCUGUAAUCCAGUUUGGCCGAUCAGUUCAUCAGACGGAUAAUGUCUUUCAGAAAGAGUUUUUUGUUUUCCUUAUUUUUUUAAACAACUCCUCCAGUCCACUAAAAGAAAAAAGGGUUUUCUUGUGUGAUGUCAGCAAAGUUAAAAGAACUGAAAUAUAAAUAUAUAGGCUAUAUAAUUACAGAUAUAAAUGUAUAUUCAUUACUUAUUCGUUAACACGUCUUGGGUCUAAAUAUUUUAGUUCUUUUUUAUGAGAGCGAAAACCUUUGUGUAUUGCAUGCUGAUUUACAGUAUCUUUCUUAAACCUUUUUGAGCUGUUUAUAACAUGUAAAUGUCAUUCUUUGAAGUAAAACGUCAAUCUUAGUAGAGCUCCAUAUAAGUGCAGCGAGUUAAUGGAAGUUUGUAGCUUGGUUUUCAGACAGACUUAGGCGUACAGAUAAACUGAUGUAUAAGCUAAUUCGGAAUUUGGACUCUGAGCCCCCUUGUUUUUUCGUAAAUAAAUCACAAAAAUCC